AUGCGUCCCGGCAUUAUCCUUCUGCGGGAAGGAACCGAUACAUCCCAGGGAACACCACAGCUCAUUUCGAACAUUAAUGCCUGCCAGGCAGUGGCGGAUACGGUGCGGACGACGUUGGGCCCUUCGGGGCGGGACAAGCUCAUCGCGACGGGUCGUCACGUGACCAUCAGCAACGACGGCGCCACGAUUAUGAAACUCCUCGAGAUUGAACAUCCCGCCGCCAAGACACUCGUGGACAUUUCCAUGAGUCAGGACGCCGAAGUCGGCGACGGUACCACCAGCGUCGUCCUCCUCGCCGCCGAAAUACUCGCCAAAAUGAAACCCUUCGUCGAAGAAGGCGUCCAUCCGCAAAUCCUCCAACGCAAUAUACGCAACGCGGGGAAAAUGGCCGUGGAGAAAGUACAGGAACUCGCCGUACCGUUUCAGGGAGACGAGCUGGAGGAUAUGCUGCUCAAAACGGCACGUACCGCUCUCAAUUCCAAGCUAAUUGCCAACCAUAAAGAUCUCUUUGCACCAAUGGUAGUGGAAGCGGUACAAGCAUUGCAUCAAGGAGGCUCUCUGGACGAUCUAUCAAGCUUGGUCGCUAUCAAACAAAUAUCCGGUGGGGAUGUCCGGCAAUCCUUUCUCGUCAACGGCGUGGCUUUCAAAAAAACCUUUUCCUACGCUGGUUUUGAACAAAUGACCAAACAAUUCACUAAUCCAGGGAUUCUAUUGCUCAACGUCGAAUUGGAACUCAAGUCCGAAAAAGAAAACGCCGAGGUACGCAUCACAGACCCAUCCCAGUAUCAGAGCAUCGUCGACGCCGAAUGGAAGGUAAUCUACGACAAGUUGGACGCCUGUGUAGAUUCCGGUGCCCAGAUCGUCCUCAGUAAAUUGCCCAUUGGUGAUUUAGCGACGCAAUACUUUGCCGAUCGGGGACUCUUUUGUGCGGGCCGUGUGACAGAUGGAGACCUGAAGCGUGUGGCCAAGGCCACGGGUGGUAGCGUCCAAACCAGCACUCACGGUAUCACCAAGGACAUGUUGGGGACGUGUGGGGUCUUUGAGGAGCGCCAGGUUGGUGACGAGCGCUUCAACGUCUUUACAGACUGCCCCCAAAAGCUAACGUCCACCAUUGUUUUGCGCGGAGGAACCGAACAAUUCAUUGCCGAGUCCGAACGGAGUGUGCACGACGCCUUGAUGGUCGUCAAGCGAUCGCUCCAGUCGGGAUCGGUCGUAGCCGGUGGCGGUGCCGUCGAAAUGGAAGUCUCGCGUUGUCUGCGCGAGCACGCUCUGACCAUUGAAGGAAAAGGACAGCUUAUCAUUACAGCCUACGCCAAGGCGUUGGAAGUCAUUCCUCGUCAAUUGUGCGAGAAUGCGGGGUACGACUCAACCGAUAUUCUGGCUGCAUUGCGAAGAAAACAUGCCGUCGACGCGGACGGAAAGUGGUACGGAGUCGAUGUCAUUAACGGUCAUAUUUGCGAUACUUUUGAUUUGGGCGUAUGGGAACCGAGCGACAACAAGGUAAAUUCGUUCGACGCUGCCACGGAAGCAGCGUGUGUGAUUCUGUCCAUUGACGAAACUGUCAUGGCGCCCAAGUCACAGGACCCCAACGCUCACCAUACGGGUCAAAUGGACCAGGGUAAUAAACCAAUGAGUAAUAUGAUGGGAGGCGCCAUGCAGGCCGCCCAAGGAGGCGCUCGGUCGGGUCAACUUGGGCCCGGAGUCAGCUACAUGAAAGGCCGGGGAGGCGGUUGA